AUGGGCCUCUGCGGCGUCGUGCUCGUCGCCCUCGGCUCGACGCUGAGCACCAUCGCGGGGCGCUGCGGGACGACGGCGACGGACGCGGGCACGGUCUUCCUCGCGCGGGGCUUCGGCGCGGUGCUCGGCGGCGCGCUGGACGUCAAGCUCUUCGAGGCGACGGCGCCCCUGGGCCGCCAGCGCAAGGUCGUGGUGCUGGCCCAGCUCUUCCUCGCGCUCGUGCUCGGGCUCAUGCCGGGGUGCACGUCCGUGUGGGUGCUCCACGUGCUCUGGGGCGCGACGGGCCUGGGCACGGCGACGCUGGACACGGGCGUCCAGAUCGCGACGCGCGACGCCCAGGGCCCCCACGCGCCGGCCUGGCACGUCUACAACACGGUCGCCUUCGCCGUCGCGGGCGCCGUCGUGCCGCUGACGUUGUUGCUCACGGAGAACGUCGCGGAGCUCUACGGCGUCGUCGUGCUCCUGGCCGUGGGCAACGCCCUCGCGCUCUGGUUCGGCCCGCGCCUGCCCGGGGAGCUCGACCCGUCCGUGACGCCCGCGGCCAAGUCGCCGCGGUCGGAAGGCGCGCACCUCGACGGCCGGCCGGUGCUCGCCAGGGCAGCAAAAGG